CGGGUCGGUUGACCAGCAGAGCAUUUAUUAUAUAUAACCAUCUGUAAUAAAUCAAGAGAUAAACAGGUUGUGAGCAGAGAACGAGGGAGCCGCGACCACACCACGUGAUCAAAUGCGGAAAUUGUCCGAUCGAGAAAGUAAGCGGAGGGUUCGGUGUCCACUUGUGUUUGGAGCUGCUGCUGUCACUAGCUGCGUGUAUCCAGCAACACGGACGCACGGUUUUACGACCCUGGCCUGCUGUGAAUGAAGUGAGGGAACAACCCAACAGACGCGUCGCUGGGAUCUUCAAACAUCAGGGGAUUCAGAUCAGCACAGAAAUCUUCACAUCCAACCUGGGGUCGCGUUGAGGACAGACUGUGGCGAUGACAAGGCUGUGACGGUGUGUGUCUGAACUGGACCAAUUCCUGUGACAUGGCUGCUGCUAAGAAGCGUGGUGCAAAAUCAGGAGGUGUGCGCUUUUCAGAGGAACCUCCUGCUGCCGGAGCACCAUCGCAUGUCCACUUUGAUGAAAAGCUGCAUGAUUCUGUUGUCAUGGUGACGCCGCAGGAUGAUGGCAACUUCAUGGUCAAGGUUGGCUUCCUGAAGGCGCAGCACAGGUAUGAAAUAGUGUUCACCCUCCCUGAAGUCCCGGCUCUGGGUAAAGAUGUGUGUCCAGCACCGCUACCCAGUCCACACCUCCGGAUCACUGAUAUCACACCGGCACCAGAGGGAGGUCUGAAGAUAACGUGCGAGUACAUGGCCCAGCAGGAGGGAGUUCUGUGUGAGGAGGUGCUGCUGCUGAGCGAGACCAACGAAGACGUCUGUGUCAAAGUCAAAGUUCACGCCAGAGUCAUGGAUCGUCACCACGGUACGCCCAUGCUGCUGGAGGGAGUCCGCUGCAUUGGCAUGGAGCUGGAGUACGACUCCGAGCAGAGUGACUGGCAAGGAUUUGACUAAAUCCCAACUUUCUGCUCCGUGUUCCACGUGACGCACACACACACACAUCCAGAAACACACACAUCUGCCAUCUCAGAGGUGUACAAAGUGAACACGCCUAUCAUCUUCUCAAAUAGAAAAACUGCCCAUCGAUGUACCAUAAACACCCAUGAUUAGUGCCACGUACUGUCUCAUCCCAGCCUCGGUGUUCAGUGUUGGACCUCAGAAGAAACGCAGCUCUUCUUCCUGAGAACAUCACCAUGAAAACAUUCCUCUGCUGUGACUCUCGCAGCAUCUGAACGGACACUUGCCUCCACUACGCUCUGUCGUUAAUCUGUGUUAUCCUUACUGAACCUCUGGAGGGCAGCAGUGCUCCUUCAAUCAGAGCAUCCUCACGUCUCUCUCAUUGCUCUUUGUGCUCCAGUUCAUUCCUCUCCUGAUGUGCAAACUGUAUCCCACAUGGAUUUAUAGGAUUAGCAGUAAACAAGGGCUCUUUUAUUAAUUAAAAAGCUUGAAAGUGACCCUAAAGGAAGGAACAAAUCUGCACAGAUCGAGUUGAACUGAGCAGAGCGUGCAAUGCCUCUGUAUAGCCAUAGGGGGUCCCUGCAGACCACUGUAUGUGAUGCUCCUCUAAUGUGAAGGCGUUUUUUUUGGCAUCCUGAGCUGCAAUGUGGUCACCAUUUAAAGGAAAAAUCCGACUUGGACGCUCUUAAAUGUAUGUUCAGUCUUGAAUGUGAAACCCAUAUCAGGAGUUGUAACUUACAUUUGUGUUGAACUCACUUAACCGCAACCUGCCCGAAUUACUACGACUGCUCAUGUUUUGUUACGUGUCCCAGACUGCCUUCAGGAAGCCCGUAAGAACAGGUGCCAGCUUAUUUCAAAUUGUGUAGGUGAGGAACACGGUUGUAGCUGCAGCACAGGAGGGAGGAGAAAAUAAUGUUCUCCUUAUAUAUAGCACUAAUCUGUUGACAUAUGUUGGGUUUUUCAGUUGGAUUUCUCCCUGUGUGGUAGUUGUAAAAUAAAAGAAGCACCUCUUCUUUUAUUAUGAGGACAUGACGCCAACAUCUGAGGUUAACUUUUGGUGUUUCAGAUUCAUUUUCUGCUACCAGACUCCUGAAAAUAUUGUAUGAUUGGCCUUUUGUUUCACAAACAACACAUCUGAACCAAAAAGGUUGUUGAGUAGAGGUGGAACAAACAGUUUAUGAAUUAAUUUUCCAAUCAAGUUGUUUGAUCAUUGAUUAAUUCUUUUUUUUAAAAAUCGAAAUUCCAAUGGAUUUCCUGCAUGUCUCUGUUUAAUAUCAUAAAUAUAAUAUGUUUUGGGGUUUUUUUUUCUGUACUUUCUGACCACGUGAAGACCAAAUGAUUAACCCACUUAUCAAUCAAAUAAGCAGCAGAUGACAUAAUGUUAUGAAAGUGUUUUGGGUGGCGUUUUUCCGUUUAGAAACAGCCAGUCGAGCAGGCUUUGGAAACGAUUUGUUUCUCUUGCUUGAAUUCAUGAAACCUUCAGAAACACAUGUGACACAAGUGCCUUUCAUUGCACUGUCUUGUUCGUCUCUCAUAUCUGUUUUAACCACUUCCAUUCUGUCGCUCGCUGUAACCACCAGGCGAGCACCUGCAGCACUUGUGAGGCGAGUUUUGGACUGCACGUGUUCGCACAAGGGGAAAUAAAACAUGUCUGCAAUCACAAAAGCAACAAUCAGAAUUUUGUUGCCGUUGCGGUCCAACAGGACACCUGCCUGUCUGUAGUGUGUCCAGUGUUCAGUCCUACUUAUUCCACCAGCUUGUCUCAUACAGACGUGUUUGGUUCUCUGUCCCUGAUGCCAUCGUCACAGUGUGAGUGCAGAUCAGAAGGAGGCGACAGGCACUUUGUCUGUCAGCUCUGCUAAUUUACAUUUGUGCUCAGAGAACAAGUGCCAUGAUCUGGCUGCACUGCCAUUUCCUUUUAUUCUUCUUUUUAAAAAAAUAAAUAAAUCAUAGAAUUUUCUUCUUGUGAGUCAACUACUACAGUUUUCUUUUUUUUUGUCAUUUAAUGCAUUCAGCCUUAAAAGAAACAAUUCAGUGUGUAAUUUCUCUUCGUAUUAGACCUGGAGCUGUUGGUGUAGUGCAGAUUAAAUAGAUUUAUUUGAUGUUUGCUUGUGCAUAAUAGGUCAGAGUUCCUCCUUAGUGUCAAACUGAUGUGCUCGAUAGGUUGCUGUUUCGAGAAUGUAGCAGUUUAUUUGUUGAUAUCUGCUCCCUGUGUGUGUGAUUUGUAUUUUUUAAUGUCAAAAAUGAAUAAAUAAGUGUGUAUGUUUGAGUUUUGUUACUCUUUUGUCAGUUCAUUGCAGGAACACUUGGUGGCAGCCUGAGCUCCUACAACAGCCAAUUGUCCUGAAUAAAGUGUUUCCACCCUGAGUUUA